AGAAUAAAAAAAAAAAGCAGCUGGUAUAUGAUAGCUGCAAACACCAAGGUCCUUUUCCGCGAAAAGCAGAUGCAAAGAAGGCAAAAGGGAUGACAGAAGUAGAGUUAGGCUCAGAAAAACAUAAGGAAGAAGAAAGCCAAAAAAUAAAGCGAGAUAAAAUGACGAACACACCCAAGUCAAGCAGCAAAAAAUCUGAGUCUGGACCUUCGUUGUGCAAAUCACCAGAAAAGCAUAAGGAAGAGGAAAGCCGGAAAAAAAAGCGAGACAAAAUGCCGAACACACCCAAGUCAAGCAGCAAAAAUUCUGAGUCUGGACGUUCGUUGAGCAAAUCACCAGAAAAACAUAAGGAAGAGGAAAGCCGGGAAAAAAAGCAAGACAAAAUGCCGAACACACCCAAAUCAAGCAGCAAAGAAUCUGAGUCUGGACGUUCUUCGAGCAAAUCACCAGAAAAGCAUAAGGAAGAGGAAAGCCGAAAAAGAAAGCGAGACAAAAUGCCGAACAAACCCAAAUCAAGCAGCAAAGAAUCUGUGACAGCUUCAGCUGGAAAAUAUACACUGAGCACACGCCAAGUGAAAAUAAUGCGCAAGCUUGGUUUGAUGGCUCCUUCUGGGUCUCCAUUUAAUAAAAGGAAACAUGUUGUUGCUCCUCCAAAACCCCCAAUUAUUCCCAAGGACCGUGUUUCUACGCUUAAAAGGCCUCCAUCCAAUCCUAAGGAACGUCUUCCCGCAAUUGAUAGAAUAGUUGUUUGUGGUCUAGCUGCUGCUGGAUCUGUCAAUCGUGUUAUGAAGUAGCUUUUGUUUCUCAACUGUUUAAUCCUCGGUAACUCAGAGUUUGAUGACAACCUAAACUACCAAUGUAGUGCUGAAGCUGUCAGCAGUGUUAUACGAGAGCGGGAUGUAGGAUUACAAGCUAGUGGGUGCGGAGUACUGUGCACCCACAUUUGUUUUUGUAACAAUGAGAAUAAACUAUAAACUUAGCAAUUAGUGAUACAGUUUAGAACAUUUCAAUUACAGGUAUACCUCAAACAAAGAAGCGGGUACAGAUACACCCGCGGCCUCUACCUCCGCCCAUGUCUAUGGUGAUGUUGUGAUACCAACUGUAGAAAUGCACAUUAUGUUUUCUUUUGUUGUCAGAAUGCUUUGAUGGGGUAAA